CUGUAGCAUCGAUUGUGUGCUAUCUCUAGUGUAUUGUAUUUGUUUUCCUUUUGGGCGGUUGUGAGUGAUGUCGAGCUCAAUUAUAAAUUAACAAGUAUUUUACAAUUAAUAAUAGUUAGAAAAAUAAUAAACAUUUUUGUGCGGUUCAUAGUCCAAUAAAAGAUGAAAACGUUCAAUAUAUCGGUCAUCGGUCUCUCGGGGACUGAGAAGGACCGAGGACAAGUUGGUGUAGGCAAAUCAUGCUUAUGUAACAGAUUUAUAAGGCCCAUGGCCGAUGACUACUUCAUUGAUCACAUAUCAGUUUUGAGUCAGAGCGACUUCAGCGGGAGAGUUGUAAACAAUGAUCACUUUCUCUAUUGGGGAGAUGUACUCAAGGCGACCGAUGAAGGCUCUGAAUAUUCCUUUCAUAUUAUCGAACAGACGGAAUUUAUGGAUGAUUCCACAUUUCAACCAUUCAAGGUGGGCAAAAUGGAGACCUACCUAAAGAGAUGCACCAGCACAAAGGUAUUUUCUGCGGAAAAACUUAUGUAUAUUUGCAAGAAUCAGCUGGGAAUAGAAAAGGAGUAUGAACAGAAAAUUAUGCCGGAUGGAAGACUGGCAAUAGAUGGCUUCAUUGUUACGUUUGAUGUAAGCCCUGUGCCAAAUCGAAAUAUAGAGAAACAAGUUGAAUUUGUACAAAAUGCAAUUACUUUAAUACUCAAAAACAAAAAGCCGUUGGUGCUUGUAACCACCAAAAACGAUGAUUCCUGUGAUCUGUAUGUGCGCGAAGCAGAAAAAAUCUGCCAGCGUAAGGAGUACAAGGGCAUGAUACAGAUGGUGGAGACGUCGGCCCACGAAUCGAUAAAUACGGAUCUUCCAUUCCUGUUGCUGGCCCAAAUGAUUGACAAAGUGAAGAACCGCAUUAAAAUUAUACCAUAUCAAGAAGCUGCCAGAUCACGCAAGGAACUGCUCGAAAGCCGAUCUGAAGCUGUUACACGACUAAUUCGUAACCAAAUAACAGAUUAUCAUGUGCUUUGGACCCAUGGCUCAAAAAUGCUUGCUCAAUUCCGUGAGUGGACAGAGUUUUUGAAUAUAUUUGGUCAUGAUGCAGGACAAAAACUGUUCCGGAGGCAUAUGAAAAAGUUACGCGAUGACUAUAUGAACCAGCGCUUACACCAAUAUUUGGAUAAAUUUGCCCGCACACUCGAGUAUAUGCUGCCGGACAUAAACGCUCUUUCCACGAGCGACGAUGAUAUAUGGGAAUGUGCCAAGAGCUACAUGAGAAAUCAUGUCGAAUUUGAUCAAUACUUUUUCGAAUGUCCCCAGGCAUCGUGGCAAGAAUUGGUUGAUAUGGACGAAACUGAAGAUGAAGCGCGUAUACCCUUUGAUGUGUUAGAAACAUCUGAGGCCGAGACGGUAUUUCGCAAUUUUUUGAAUUCGGUUCAACAGGACAAGAAGAAAAUAGGAUGGAAACAACAAUUCAAGAUGCUAUUGGAAGAAUCGGGCUUUGUUACACCGGGCAAGCAAUUAUCGGAAGUUCGUGUACUAUUUAUGGGCCGCGAAUGCUUUGAGGCUCUGUCGGAACAUGACUGCCAACAAAUAUACGAUAUUCACCAAGACGAGAUCAUUGAAAAGAGUAAACAAAAUUUCAUCGAACUACUUUUGGAACAUGCUCAGUUUUUUCAACAAUUUAAAAACGUUGAUAUUAUAACACAAGAAGAUGUAAGGCAAAUAACCGAUAUGCUUCAGGACGAUUCUAGGUAUAAAAUAAUGGAUCGACUGGACCAGGAGAGACGUGUUAUUCUAUUUCAACAUUUAGGAUUUAUGCAUUGUCCCAUACGUGAUCAUUGCCCAUUUUAUCACAGUUGCGUUGACAACUUCAUUGAAGAGAUAUUGACGGACAAAUCGGCUGGUAGCCACAAAACACUUGGCAGUGGUGGAAGUGGUAGUUGGAAAUCUCAGGGAUCUGACAAAACGCUAAAUUUGUUAAUUGUGGGAUCCGAACACUUGGCCAGCGAUUUACUUAACGACAUACGCAUGUGUACUGGUUCCAAAGGCGAAUAUAUCUACGAAAAUCAAACAUAUUAUCUGAAUUAUCGCAUAGCGAAUGGUGAUAUGGAAGCAUUUAAGGCCAUUGAUGUUUACUCGAGUGGUUUAAUUUGUGUUUACUCAAAUCUUCAGUCGUUUGAGACUCUUAAAGACAAUUUAGAACGCACAUUACUUUGCAAUUUGGAACUGGAAGAUAAAUUUGAGAACCUUCCAAUUGUACUGGUGUACCAGCCACAUGACUUGAAAGAGAAUGAAGUCGAAUAUUUGCGCAAUGAAGGCUUGCGUUUGGCUGAAAUGCUUCACUGUGAUUUUAUAGACCACCAGCAGAGCCAUCAGAAAUAUGUCUAUGAGAUUUUGAAUAUUGUCAUAGAUUCGUUAAGAGUAGCCGAAAUGAAAACCCUUGAAACAUUUCCACCGAAUCAAACUGAUCUGCGCAUAUUGGUGUGCAUGUUCUGUGGCGAUCAGUAUGAUAUUGAAAACAUCAUAAAUCCAUUGACAGAUGAAUCGACAUUUUGCAAGGCACUUGAACAUUCCGUUGUGGUGGACGUAUUCAUUGGAGACUCGAAAAAGAGAGUGGAAUUUAUAUUAUCAUCAUACCAUGGAAUAAAUCAAUAUCGCGAUGAAUUGAUACAUGGAUUUAUAUUUGUAUACUCCACCAAGAGACGUUCUUCGCUGGCUAAUCUAAGCGUUCUGGUCUCGCAAAAUGCAAAUAUACCACUGCAAAUUAUUGCUAUAACGGAAAGCGGUGGUGCUAAUGCAUUUUUCAGUAGUGAACUGUGUCAAUUUCUCAUUACAGAAGGGAAUUCUUUGGCUGAUCGUUACAAAGCAAGCUUUAUGACAUUUUCAUCAGAUCAGUAUGUUAAAUUUGCUUUUUAUAGUCCAUUCUUGAAGAAUGCUUGGGAUAACAAGUAUGACGUAGAAAAUUUACACGUUGAAGAGUCAAUUACUUUGGAUUCCGGAGAGGGAACACUUGAAAAUUCCGUCAAGUUGCCACGACCUCCACCGCGCCACGAAAGCUAUAUGCUGUCAAGUACCCUAGGUACAGAUGGUUCCGGCAGUGAAAAUUACGAAAUGCUUCCUACACGUUCUCUGAACUCAUUAAAUGAAGAAAGAGACAUAUCUUUAGAUGAAAUCUAUGAAGAAAGCAACGAAAAACCAAAAAUGAUCCAUCAGAGAUUCCAGAUAUUUCCACCUCCAACAACUCCUCCAGAGCCAGCUCCUCCAGAUCAUCAGCUCAUUACAUGCUCAUAUAAGAGUCAAUUUGUGUCAGCUUCCGAGUCUAGUUUGGAAGAAAUAACAUCGGAUGUAAGCGGGUCAAAGGAUUCAUUGGCUACCCAUGAUGCAGAAUGGUUGGAUGAUAAAACUGAUGCGCGGCGCAAUGCCAACAAAAAUUCAAUUUGGAAUAAUUUUGGUGGCUCAACCCACGCAUACACAACUGGUCGUAGACAUAUAGAUUCUAAUUUGAAUAAAAUUCGUCCAAAAGGUCCAAGUCAGACCCUAAAGCAACCCGGAAAAUUAAAUAUGAAAAAUUUUCAAUUAGUUAGUGAUGCAGUAGCAAAAAUGAAUUUUGGGGGCGAUUCUUAUUUGCCCAUUUGUGAGAGUGGCGAUAAGGACUCAAAGCGUUAUACUCAAUUUGAUCAUUCUCAGUUGGAUGGAGACGAGGAGGACUCUGAAGAGUUGGCUGAGUAUGAACAAAUCUAUGAAAAUGAAGACUGUACUGAAUCGGAUAGUUGUGCUAGUUCUAUAGAGCGUAAAAAUCGACAGCAAAAUGCCUACUAUAAGCAAAUGAAUAAGAAACCACCCGUCAAUAAAAAGACAAAAAAGAAGAAGGUUGCUAUACCGGUACAAACGCCACGCGUACCCACCAUGUUUGGCUCGUACGUUAGCCCACCAGAAAUACCAUUGCAUUACCAGAGAAUGGUCACUGCCGAAAAAAAGAAAAUUAGUGACCCUUCUUUGAUAAACGAUAUGAUAAAAACCGAUAAAUCUCCAGAGUACACCAUGGUGCCAGAUAAUCCAGGCCUCUUCGGUGCUCCAGAAAACCUAAAUGAAUAUAAUAUGAAUGCUAAAUGUUUGAAAGAAUUUGAGAAGUCGGAAAAGCGUCGCCUCAAAGAGGAAAAUACGAGACUGCGAAAACUGCAGGAGAAGGAAAAGGAACAAGAAAAGAAACUUAAACGUAAACUAAAACAAAACUCCAAGGGUUUCCCCGAUACAGAAUCUCAAUUUGAAAAACUUAUGAUCUCCGACAAGGUGGAAAUUCCUAUAUUUUUAAUAAAGUGCAUAGAAUAUAUUGAAAAGGAGGGCUUGGACUCGGAGGGUAUCUAUCGAGUGCCAGGAAGUCGUGCUCAUGUAGAUCUUUUGUUCCAAAAGUUUGAAGAAGACUCCAAUACAGUUAUUGAACUUCUGGAUAUACCCGUAAAUGCUGUAGCGACCGCACUAAAGGAUUUUUUCUCUAAACGAUUACCACCAUUAUUUAGUAAGGAUAUAAUAAAAGAACUGGAAGAAGUUGCAGGUUCUCGCACUGUGUGUGGUUCGAAAGUUAAUGUUGAAGUUAAAACCGAUCGAAGUUGUCGUUUAAUGGCUUUAAAGACGCUGCUGGAAAAACUACCACCCGUAAACUUUGCAAUUUUGAAAUACAUAUUUCAACAUUUCGUCCAUGUUUCCGAUAAUUCCAAACUCAACAGCAUGGAUAGUAAGAAUCUGGCCAUAUGUUGGUGGCCAACAUUGAUUCCUAUAGACUUUACGGAUAUGGGUCACUUUGAGCAGUUGCGUCCCUACUUAGAAGAUAUUGUACAAACAAUGAUAGAUCAAUAUCCAUAUCUAUUUUGUGGCGAAGAUGCAUUUGUCAUGGUAUAAAUCAUCAGUAUUUCCUUUCGAUUUUUUCUUUUUUUCGGUUAUUAUAUAUGUACGUGUGUUUGUGUGUUAUAUUAAGUUGUGAAACAACAACAAUGGAAUUAUGAGAAAAAUAGCAAAGAGGAAAAUACUUUUUAUAGUAUAAAUAAUUUGAAUACCAGAAAAGAACCGCAAACAAUGCUUGUCUUUUUGAAGAAAGAACGAACAUGUGUACUGCGUUUUUGAGAGCGUGUAAAUCAUUGUUUUAGUUGAUAGUUGAUUUUUUAAAUUAUUAAAAUAUAAAUAUAUAUUUCAUUAGUUAAUUGUAUGUAUAUUAAUGUAUCUGUGUGUAUGUGAGUGCAAAUUUAGUUAUAGUAAACAGAAGUGAGAUUAAAUACAACACCCGCAUCCCAAAAUCAGUAAAUUAAUAUACGAAAACGAUUUGAAAAAAAACCUGUUGCUUACAACUUUCAUUGGCAAAACAAAAAUAAGAAGUAAAACAACAACAAUACAUUAUGACAGCAGAUUGAAAACAUAGAUAGAAACAAACGAAGCCAAUAUCAACAAUAUUUAAGAAAAAAAAAACAAUCAAUUUUAUCAAAUGUGUGUUAAUUACGAACUGCCUAAGUUUGAAUUAGCUAUGUGCCAGCCUAUAAAACCCGUUAUCAAUAAAUCCAAUAAAUGUGCUUAUUUACUGAAUAGCUUGUUAUGUAACAUUGUCAAUUUUUAUACCUAAUUUUGUCCCAUGAAAAGAGCUAAUUUGAAACUAUAUUAUACUUAAAACAUUUUUCCAAAGUUUGUAUAAAUUUCGAUUGUGCCGAAAGUCAUUUUUCGCGAGUCUAAAGUAUAAACGUACAUAUCUUCUUAAAUCAAUGCACAUAAUCCAUAAUACCAAUCAAGAAAUCAAAAAAAAAAAAAAAAACGAAAAAAGCGAAAUAAUUCACCUAAUAGUUGAGCUCCUUAUUCCACUACACCGUUGACAGUUUUAGUUAUGAACAUAUUUGUGAUGAAGUUACUGUUUUGAUUCUAAUUAUACUCUAAUCUCCAUUUUCUCAUGUCUCCCUUUUUCUCUCGUUCAAAACAUCUCUAUCUGCAAUGUUAACUCACUCUACUCGAUAUCGAAAUUAGAAAAUACUUCUUGAAUGUUAUGUUGAUUUUAUAAAGCUUAAAACGCUAUUUAUAACGAAGUUUUACAAACUUUGUGAAUAAAAGAGAGUUUCUGGUUAUAUAGAAGUCGUUAGAUACAGACAAUUUCUCUGCUACUAAUUAUGGUGAAAAUCAUUCAAAAAGGCAUUACCAUUUGCAUUUAUAAAGAGACUUUCCAUGGAGUAUUCAUAGUAGGUUUUUGCAUAUAGCAAAUGUAAAUAUAUCGAAAUAUGUAUGCCUGUUUUAGAUUAGUUUAACAGUAAAUGUUCGCUGAUUUACCCUAACCCCGUAGGAGUAUUGUCAUAAACUCAAAAAGUAUUUUCAUUUUCUAUAAGGUAUUCAAUCAACGUUUUUGUUUUCUAAACAGGUUCAAAAAUAUUAAAUUGCUAUAGGUUUAAGAGUGUAAUAAAUAAAACAAAACGAUUACGGAGGAGAAAAACAAAACCAACAUAUUAUUGUAAUAGGUAGAUGUUAUUACUAACAAGCUAACAAAGCCGUAAAAAAGAAAAGUAAGAAUACAAAUGUAUUAACAACUGAUUGCAUUAUUUAUAUAAAUUUCUCUAUAUGUGUAAUGUGUCUAAACGCACCUUAAUCUUCCUGAUUUAAUUAAUAAUAAUUGUAUUAAUUAAUAAUGAUAGUAAGUAACAAAACAAAACAAAACAAAACAAAAAAAAAUAUAUAUGAAAAGAACAAAUGAAGAACUAGGUAUUACAAAAUAAUGAGAUAUUUUAUAAAAUGAAAUGAUGAAAACAACAAAAACAUUUUAGUGUAAUUUGUAUGUAUAAUGUCUGUGUCUAUGUGUCUAUUGCAUAAACAAACAAUUAUUAAAUAACUAAUAUUAAUUAAAAAAUAUAUAUAUUUACUACCGAUUAACGUGAUGUGGUGUAUUGAUAUUUUUAAAACCGAACACGAAAAAAUACAACAAAACAAAAUAUGAAAAAAAAAACAAAUUGAUAUUAACGGUCAUUUCAGCUAAAUAAAUAUACCAACCACAUACGCUUGCAGGCGUACUCAUAUAUACAUGUGUACAUGUGUUUGCAGUGCUGUGUGUGUUUGUGUGUAAAAGACGAAAUAGGCCGUCAUAUUUAAUGAGAAAAUCAAGAAAAGUAAUGAAAUAAAAUAAUUUUGAAAUAACUGUGCAAAA